AUGCAGGAUUCCAAGGGCAGCAUUGUGAACAUCUCCAGCAUUGCUAGCCAGAGGCCUGGAAAAGGUGCUGCGGCCUACUGCGUGAGCAAGGCUGCUGUUGACAUGCUGACAAAGGCAUCUGCACUUGAACUUGCGCCAAAGGGCAUCCGAGUGAACGCCAUCAAUCCCGCCACAGUCGAGUCAAACUUCCAUGUGUCCGCUGGGUUGAAGCCAGAGCAGGCGGCAGCUUACUUGGCAAGCUCAGCAGCACUCCACCCUAUUGGCCGAGUGGGAGUGCCUGCUGACGUGGCGGAGCUGUGUUAUUUCCUGACAGACACUGCCAAGUCUGGAUGGCUCACAGGGCAGUGCAUACUGCUUGAGGGCGGCCGUCUGCUGCCAAUCCCUGUUGUCCAGAAUUGA